AAAGCGGUGGAGCCUCGGCUCCUCACACGUCUAGUCAGGGCCCAUUGACUUCGGACUCUGAGGGCGGAGCGGGAGUGAACAAACCCCUCAGCUCUCAGAGCUACGUGAUGUUGCUUCCUGCCUUUGUUUUGUCAGUGGGACGAUGGCGGCUUCCUGGUUGCUCUUGCUAGUAUCCGCUUGGACCGCAGGUGCAGAGCUUCGCUUGGCCUCCUAUUAUGCCGAUCACAUGGUAUUGCAGAAGGAACCAAGCCAGGCGGUUAUAUGGGGCUACGGAGAUUUUGGUGCCACCGUAAUGGUGACUGUUUCUAACGAUCAGAUUGUUGUGAAAAAAAUGGCAGAGAUUCAAGGAGGCUCUGAGAUGUGGAGAGCUGUCCUGAGUCCUAUGUCCCAAGGUGGCCCUUACAAAAUAGAGAUACAGCAGUACCACAGGGAAGAGGUGACGAAUGUGACGUUGAAUGAUGUCUACUUUGGAGACGUCUGGCUUUGCAGUGGACAAAGUAACAUGGAGAUGACUGUUUCACAGAUAUACAAUGCCAGCCUGGAGCUCGCAGAUGCUUCCCGCUAUCCGCUUGUGCGUGUAUUUGCAGCUGCUCUUGUCCAGUCUGAGGUGGAACUGCAGGAUCUUGCCGAAAUAAGUUUGCAGUGGUCCAUUCCUACAGCCGAAAACUUGGGCCACGGAGACUUCAGUUACUUCUCAGCUGUGUGCUGGCUGUUUGGCCGGUAUUUGUUCGAGAAGCUCAAGUAUCCAAUAGGUCUGAUAGACUCCUCCUGGGGAGGGACGCCAAUUGAGGCCUGGUCGUCCAAGAGUGCACUGCAUGAAUGCAAGAUCUCUGAGUAUGCUGAAAGUACUCCAGCAUCAUACCUUAACGCUGGCCCCAAAACAUACUCAGUGCUCUGGAAUGCGAUGAUUCACCCUCUUCUCAACAUGACCCUCCAAGGUGUUAUUUGGUAUCAAGGUGAAGCAAAUACCCUCAGGAACACGGAUCUGUACAACUGUACGUUCCCUGCUCUCAUUAAAGACUGGCGGAAAGCCUUCCAUGAAGGGUCCGAUGGGCAAACUCAGGAGGAUUUUCCCUUUGGCUUUGUCCAGCUAUCUACAAACCGCCGUGUGGAAACAGAUGACCACUUUCCACGCAUCCGAUGGCAUCAAACGGCAGACUAUGGCUAUGCCCCUAAUAAAGAAAUGCCGAAUACUUUCAUGGCUGUGACCAUAGAUCUUGGUGAUGACAAUUCUCCCUAUGGCAGCAUCCACCCCCGAGAUAAGCAGAAUGUGGCCUACAGAUUGCAUCUUGGUGCGCUGGCAGUAGCUUAUCAUGACAAAAGCGUGGUCUUCCAAGGUCCGUACCCUAAGAAAGUGGAGGUGGAUUCAGAACAUGCAUCUCUUCACGUCACCUACCAAGAGGAAGUCGUGCUUCGCCGCUCAGACAACAAGACAUUUGAAGUCUGCUGCUCUGAGCAGCCAAUGUGCAAGUGGAGUCCCGUGUCCAUCGUGUCCUCCUCCUCCUCCUCGGUGGUUCUGCACAACCCGGCUUGCCCAGCUGCUGUCAGCGGCCUGCGCUACGCGUGGAUUGAGUGGCCCUGCGAAUACAAACUCUGUCCCCUUUACAACCUGCAAGCACUGCCGGCCCCUCCUUUUAUUACAUUUUCCGAGGGUAAUCCUGGUUGGAUUGUGUCUUAAGUAGGGCAAUAACCCAAAGAUGGACCGACAGCCUAUAUUUUGGCCUUGCAAGCCAGAGUACACAGGACUGCAGGAACAGACCUGCAGAUUAUUAUUUUUCUUAAUGUAGUAAACUUCUCAUGCUGAUGAUUCCACAGAAAAAAUUGUAACAUGGGGGGGGGGGCUGCUUAUUCACCAGAAAUGUGGGGUGAAUGGGUUGCUGUUGGGGAUCAGCUCUUGCAUUUAGCACCUGCCCAAACCUUUCUAAUAGUAAAAACAUGUUCUAGGAAUUGCACUGGAAACUAGGGCAACCCACCCAUACAAGUUUUCUCAGAAGUAAGCCCCACUGAAUGCAUUGGGACUAAUUCCCAAGUAAAUGUCCAUUAAGAUUGGGGCUUUAAUUUUGCUAGUUCGUACGUUGCAUCCACUAGCUUAAUAGAUCCAUCUUCUCAAGAUGCUGCAGCAGUUCAGAAAUCUCCCCCGUCUGCUGUGAAGUUGUGAAGACCUGCAUCAUCAUGGUAAAACAAAGCAAACCUAUUAAAACAAAAAAGUUAUUUCUGAGCAGCUGUUUAGGAGUAGGCCUAAUUUGAACCAGGGCUUUGAGCUAAAACAUGACAACUGCAAUAUAAUCUAUUGCUGGGUUGACUCUAGAAUAGAGCUGAAUCAGGUUUACUUGUAGCUUUUAUUCCAGUCGUACAACCGUUGUGCCCCCUAGUGUAAUACCAGUGCUGCACUAACCGUGCAGAACAACUCAGUUCCACUCAGACAACCUUCUGUAUUAAAAUGCCCAUUUGUCACCGGGCAUCUGCUUUAAAAAGGAACUACGAGGAAGUGCAUUACUUGUCCAGUUGUCGCUGCCAAAAUCUCCGGCUACAACCAAAUGCUAGCCAUGGAAGUUUCUCCAGCUGUGGAUCCUGAUUAGCUUGACUUCAUCCCUCGAGAGGAACUGCUGGAGUGUUUGCUUUAGAAGAAACAGCGAGUCAGUCUUUUUGCACUCAAGCUGCAACUGUUUCUAUCAUGUUAACCGGAGCAGAAACGGAGGAACAGCUUGCUCUUGUUGUUAAGUUCACUGGAUUUGAAUUAAUACACAAGAGGCCAGACCUGCUGAGAAAGGUGUGAAGGAAGAACAGAUGCCCAACUUAAGGGCCAUGUGCAAACAAAUAAUGGUUUGAUUUCCCAUCUGUGGUCUGCUCCAACAUUAAUCUCGAGAUCCCCUCCCUCCCCAAAGAACCUGUUUCAAUAGACAUUUCUAUAUGAAAUGUCACACUGAAUGAGGAUGAGGGACUAUUUGAUGAGCAUCUUAGUUCUCAAUUUGUGAUGAACUUCUGUGAUGUUGGAUGGCUCCAGAGCAAGUAGAAGGCUUGAGCUUUGCCCUUGGAAAACUAGCUUUGUCACAGGCUUGUAGGGUAGUUGUGAGCAAGGUACUAUUUCUUGGUCUCAUCCUCAAUUAGGAUGGAGGCCAGAGUGAAGAAGGCAAAGGCAAAACGUGCAAUGUAACUACACAUUAAAAGAGUUGUAAAAAACUUGCACAUCUAGGAACAGGGAGGAUUUUUUUAAAAAAAAAAAAUAGACUACUUAGAUCAAAUUUUAAAAGCGUUAGAUUUAACAACAGCAAGCAUGUUAUUCUACAUACUCUUAAAAGUGAAUUCGUGAAGCUCUGACAGACACAUUGAAUUAAAGCCUGAUUUUCUCUGUAAGAGAAUAGCCAAGCAUAGUCCCCCUUUGAGGUGAAUAAUUUAUAAUACAUUUAUAUAUUACAUUUAUAAUAUAAAUUCUACAAUAGGGCGUAUUCUGCAAUAAGUCAUAUACAUUUUUCUUGUUACUAUUCAAACUUUGAAUAUUUACUGUCAACCAAAAACAUGGAUACAACUUGGGUUGAACCUUAGUGUUUGCUCAUGAUAGGGGAAAAACAACUCUGCUCUUACCUGGAAGUAAUGCCUGUUGAACACAGUAAAGUUUAGUUAGGAGUAAAAAGAAAGGCAUGGGAUGUGAGUUUUCAGAUUAUAAGGGAUUUAAUGUGUUUUUAUUGUGACAUUGACUGAUUGGUAUGUGUGCUUGUUGAGGAAAUAUCAGAAUUAGAAUAUUGGAAACAUGGUUUAAAGUUGGCCUUUUUUCUUGGUGACUUAAAGUGACGAUUAAAAUGGCCUUUAUUAAAAUCAA